AGAGCCUUGAGAGCUUGAAAAUGAUUCAUUUGCCAAGAAUUUAUUUCCUCGGAUGCUCUGUACAUUAAUUAUCCCUUGGCUGGAUUGCCGACGAUGGAUAUAUAGCAUAGUAGGCCUUAGGGAAUAUGUCCAGUAUCAUCGAAAACGAGUGCAGUGUUGAUAACCGAACUCUCUUCAAGACCACCAAUGGGAUGUUCGGAAUGGGCUACCGGGUUGUCAAACCAGGAGAUGUUGUCACUCUGCUAUGGGGUGUCAAGGCACUCGUGAUUCUGCGGCCAGGAGUUGGGGGAGGAUUUACUUACCAGGAUGAUGCUUAUGUGGAUGGCAUUAUGUAUGGGGAAUUUUUACAGACUGGCCCGAUUCCCGAAGACUUUUUCAUUCAUUGAUGUCAGAAUGGCGUAUGGAAAGUGCAUUAAACUUGACGCCUAAAGAGAAGGGGAAAAAGGAGUGUUCUAAUGACGUUGCGUUGAUCACUGCCAGAUGGGAGAAGGAUAUCUAAGGGAAUGACAAAAAGUCUAUUGAAGAUUGACUCUUCUCUGAGUUGUAUUACUUUAAUCGAUAUUCCAUCGAAUAGAUAUACCAAGAAGAAAGGAAUAAAAAAGCUGUGUUCUUAUAUGCAAUAGGGCUGAUACAAUAAUGGUGAAAUUUCCAUAAUGCAAAUGAAAUCAGGCAAUUUGUGGGCCUGAAUGGUCUUGGCAGUCCCGAGGAUUUGAGACGGGAAGAUAAGGCUGCACAUGUUGCAGGAAGACAGAAAAGGAAAGAAUUGAUAACAUUCUUAUAGGUAGCGAUACAAGUC